AUAUUCCGAAUUGGAACAUAACAUUAACAAUUUAACAUAGGUCCUAAUUUGUUGUGGAAGAGAGAGAGUGACAUGGCUUCUCUUAGAUUCUCACUCAUCUCACCUGCCAGAUCACUCCCACACCUCAAAUUAGGGUUUCCUUCCAAACCUCAAAAUCCUCUCAUUUCCACUCUCAAAACAUCAUUUUCCACCUUCAGAUGCAUAAGCUCUAGAAGAUUGCAAACAAAUCAAAAACUAUUGACUGUUUCUGCUACAAACCCCAACACUGGAGGUGAAAAAUCUGCCAAUGAAGGAUCAGAUGUAAAGGAAACUAGCAAUGCUUCCCAGGGACCUCCUCUCCUUACUAUUUUGGCUGGAAUAUUUGUAUUUUUCCUCGUUUGUUGGGUCAUUGGAUCCAUUGGAAUGUGGUUGAUAAGCUUGAUUGUUAAUGUUCCCCCUCCAAAAUAAACAUGAUUGUUUGUUGUAAUGUGUUGUUUAUUUGUUAAACCAUUGUAUUAGUCCUUGGCAUUUUACUUGGUUUACUUUUAUGCAUUUGGACUUGAUACUA